UUUAUUUGCACUAUAAGACGAAAAAGUGGACUAAUUGUGAAAAUUCCUUUCGAUUGAUAUGUGUUGAAGAGAAGUUUUUGCCUUUUUCCGCCAUAAAUUCUCUCGAGAGUUCUCCUUUUCUCCCCUUUUUGCCAUUUUUGCAAGGAAAAAAAAUUCAAUACUUGUGCUACUGUCGUUCAUUUUUAUUUCAUCUGGUGUGCCACGUCUUAAAUACUCAUUACUCGGAAAGUGUAUCGUUUUCUAAAUGGUGCUGCCCAUGGCAUUAGAAUCACUCAAGUUGUGCGUGUGUGUUUAAAAAAAGAAGGAGAGAAAAGUUUUUAGGUGGAGACGCGAUAGGAAAUUUUCUGGUGAAGUUGGCAAAGGAACACAGAAAGGAAAGGACAAUGAAAUUGGACCUAUUCAAAAUUGUCUCCUAACUCAGUGCCGUUAUACCCAGAAAUGUUCACUGUUCAGCAAUUUUCUGCAAAUCACGUAGAAGUUGAUAAGAAUUUUCCACCCUUAAACAAUCAUGGACGAUUCAAUAAUUCAUCAUAUAACCAUACUCUUAUUAAAGCCUCCACCGUGCUAAAAAACUGUUUCACAGCUUGCAAAACGUAACACAGUUCAUAUUUGCUUUAACAUUAAAAAAAAAUCUCUCAUUGUAUACUUGAAUUUCUCUAAAAAGAAGCACAAUAAUAAAUCCAGAGUUAUCACACUUAAUUUCACACUAAAUGCAAAAAUGAUUGAUAAAUGGUUAAAAUGAUUCGUUAAACAUCUUCAUGUGAAAUCACAGCAUCAAAACUAAAAAGCAAAAGAGCAAAAGUAAAACUAAAAAAUAUUGAUGAGAAGAGAAUAAAUGAGAAAAAUAAAGUAAAUGUUAAGUACUAAAUUAGUAGAAAAAAUGCGAAAUGUUAUGCAUAAACUGUCUAAAACAAAUUAUAAAUUUGGUGUCAAUAAAAGGAAGAAAUGAAGAAACAACACUAAGACAGCAGUAAAUAUAAAAAAGAAGAAAAACCAUCAAAACCAAAAGGACGGAAAAAGAUGAAAGGGAUUGUUUCUCUAGUUUGGUUCUUUCACAUGAAUGGAAAGCUUUCUCUCAACCAAAUGAAUCGACUAAUAAACUGCAAAAAUCCAUAGUAGAUAUGAAAACAAGACUGUGAUCGAAAAUACUUGAUAGGAGACAGAGGUUGUGAGUGGAUUGAUUAAAGAGAAGGAAAGAGAGCUGCCAGGAUCGAGGAAAUUUUAUGUUCGGAUAGUAAAAAGGCAAUAUUUCAUCACUUGAGCAACGCUAUACUUCCCAAGACAAAAAUCGCACUAAUUGGAUUAUAUAUUGUAAUCAAUUCGGAAAAAUAUUGGGGAUCACAUCAAAAUAUUCCCCGAUAAAAAUCAUUUCUUUUUGGAGAUGGAUACACUUCUGCUCACACUACUGGUCUUCCUUAUGAUUAUUACAGAAAGUUUACAGGGCCCACAUGAAAAACGACUGUUAAAUAAUCUCUUAGCAUCGUACAAUACACUCGAACGACCAGUUGCUAAUGAAUCAGAAGCAUUGGAGGUAAAAUUCGGUCUAACUCUACAACAAAUAAUUGAUGUGGAUGAAAAGAAUCAGAUUCUAACUACAAAUGCGUGGUUAAAUUUGGACGAGAAGAAUCAACUCCUAAUAACAAAUAUAUGGCUUUCUUUGGAAUGGAAUGACUACAAUCUUCGAUGGAAUGACAGUGAAUAUGGCGGUGUGAAAGAUUUACGAAUAACACCAAAUAAAUUAUGGAAGCCAGAUGUCCUCAUGUAUAACAGUGCGGAUGAGGGAUUCGAUGGCACGUACCACACAAAUAUUGUGGUCAAACAUAACGGCAGUUGUCUGUACGUGCCCCCUGGCAUCUUCAAGAGCACAUGCAAGAUAGACAUCACGUGGUUCCCAUUUGAUGAUCAACAUUGUGAUAUGAAAUUCGGUAGUUGGACAUAUGACGGAAAUCAGUUGGAUUUGGUGCUUAAUUCAGAGGAUGGUGGUGAUCUAUCAGAUUUUAUCACAAACGGGGAGUGGUACCUCCUCGGAAUGCCCGGGAAGAAGAAUACCAUAAAUUAUGCGUGUUGUCCGGAGCCUUACGUCGACAUUACAUUUACAAUACAAAUUCGUCGAAGGACAUUAUAUUACUUUUUUAAUUUAAUUGUUCCGUGUGUUUUGAUUUCAUCAAUGGCUCUAUUAGGAUUUACAUUACCGCCGGAUUCAGGAGAAAAAUUGACACUAGGAGUGACAAUUCUUCUUUCCCUCACGGUUUUUCUCAACCUAGUGGCAGAGACUUUGCCUCAAGUAUCUGAUGCCAUUCCUUUGUUAGGCACAUAUUUCAAUUGCAUCAUGUUCAUGGUAGCAUCUUCCGUUGUAUUAACUGUGGUAGUCCUCAAUUAUCAUCAUAGAACAGCGGAUAUUCACGAAAUGCCACCAUGGAUCAAAUCCGUCUUCCUGCAGUGGCUUCCGUGGAUCCUGCGCAUGGGAAGGCCUGGUAAAAAGAUUACCAGAAAGACAAUUCUUCUGAGCAAUCGCAUGAAGGAAUUGGAACUCAAAGAGCGCUCUUCAAAAUCACUAUUAGCUAAUGUACUAGAUAUUGAUGAUGAUUUUCGACAUGUAGGAAUAUCUGGCUCACAAACCGCAAUCGGCCAAUCAGCUUUCAGUAGACCAAAUACUGUGGAGGAGCAUCACUCGAUGGGUGGAUGCACACAUAAAGACUUGCACUUAAUACUAAAGGAAUUGCAAUUUAUUACGGCAAGAAUGAAAAAGGCAGACGAGGAGGCUGAACUCAUUAGUGAUUGGAAAUUCGCCGCCAUGGUUGUCGAUAGGUUUUGCCUCAUUGUUUUCACACUAUUCACUAUAGUUGCGACAGUUACUGUUUUACUUUCUGCUCCGCAUAUUAUCGUGCAGUAGAAUCACCCAGUAUUCGUGAAGGAAAACCAAUUGUAGGCGGAGGAAUUAUUUAAGAACUAUUUUCCGAAACGAAACUGCCGUAAUGUAGAAAAAAUAUGGAAUUAUAGAGAGAUGUGAUGAGUUGCAUGUUGAAAUGGUACAAAAAAAAAUAUUGGUUCAUUUGCACAUUGACGAAUAAAAUGAUCUUAUUUUCUUUAAACAAAAAAUGCGUGAACGAAAAUACCAAAAUGCCGAGAUAAGUUAUAGCUUUCCUUUCACAAUACUGUGACUGUUCCUACCAUUGCCAACUGUACUUAAUAAUCUCGCGAAAAACGCUGUCGUUCAGGUUCGGGCGUGAAAGAGUUAAAUUCAUUUGUAUGUUUGCUAAAAAAAAACACAAGAAUUUCGAAAAUGCAAAUCACGUAUAA